AUGUUAGACUGCUUUUAUUACAUUCCAAUUCUAGAAACAUUGACAGUGUUGCUAAACAAAAAAAAGUCACGAGAGGAAGUUCUAAAACAACCACAGUAUAGAAAUGAUGGAAAACUUGGAGACUUUAUUGAUGGUGUUGUGUUUUCUAAUCAUGAGGUAUUUUCCAAUGAUGCACAGGCUCUACAAAUUAUCCUCUACUAUGAUGACUGUGACCUCUGUAACAGUGCUGGGAGUUGCGUGACCAAACAUAAAAUAGCAUUCUUCUAUUUUACCUUGGGAAAUUUUAGGCAGGAGGUACGCUCCAAACUGGAUGCCAUUUUCCUCUUAGCUGUUGUUAAAACUGCCCAUCUUAAGAAAUAUGGAUUCGAUGAAGUAUUGAAGCCUCUUCUGAAUGACUUGAAGAUACUUGAGGAUGGAUACUACUUCACUGUAGGCAACAGUAACAUUCCUAUUACGGGUGCUCUUUCAGUGUUUUGUGGUGAUACUCCAGCUUCUAACCUUGCCGGGGGCUUUAAAGAAGGUGUUUCACUUGCCAUGAAAUGUUGUAGGCAUUGUGAAGCCAAUCAAGAUGACAUUCAAAAAAUAGUCCAUGAAGAAGAAUGCAUUCUAAGAACUGAGGCUCGUUUAGCGAGUCAGUAUGAAAGGAUGGAAAACAAUCCAGCUCUCACAAAACAUUAUUCGGUGAACUAUGGUUUGGAUAGGAGAAGCAUUUUGAGUAAAAUUCCAGGAUUUAAAAUUACUGAACAAUUACCGCAAGAUUUGAUGCACAUCCUUCUGGAGGGUGUCAUACCAUAUGUUGUCAAAUGUAUGCUUCAGUAUUAUAUUGCUAAGGGUUCAAUAACUGUUGAUGUUAUAAACUCAUGGUUAAUGGAGUUCCGAUAUGGAUAUUCACAGGUCAAAGACAAACCAGAACCAAUUAAUCCUGAAUCUUUGACCGAUAAACCAGGAAAGCACAUUGCAAAAGAUGCUGCAAAGAUGUGGAUGCUUUUUCGAGUUCUGCCUUUUAUUCUCCAUGACAUCAUUGAUGAAAGUCACAAGCCCUUUAAAGUAUUUCAGCUACUUAUGAAAAUAUCCAGUCUACUGCUGGCUCCAGUAUUAAGCUGUGAAUCUGUCUCAUUACUACAGAGAAUGACUGCUAAAUUUCUGACAAAUUUUAAGAAUGUUUUCCAUAAGCAGAUAACUCCAAAAAUGCAUUACUUGGUCCACUGUCCAAGACUUAUGCUACUAUGUGGACCUUUAGUUAGACUUUGGAACAUGCGAUUUGAGGCAAAGCCCAAGGAUUUUAAAAGAAUUGCAAAAAAUGCAAGUUUUAUAAACAUAUCCCUUUCACUUGCAAAGAGUGAACAACGAUCAAUAAUGGCAAAGUUUGCCGACCCAGAUAGCCAUGGCCUAUUCAAUAACCUAGCAAAAGGGCCCUUGACACCCCUCACAGGGGAAAAGUAUAAUUUUGCCAAACAACAGUUUUGCCUGAUUUAUCAAGUUUCUGAUGAAUUGAUUGUUAACAUUUGCGACUGUAAAUGA